AUGGCGGCGUCGUCCUUGAUCGUCGGCGUAGAGACGUCGUUCUGCCAAGAUUUGGCGUCCAAACUGGACAAGUUGUACGAGGAGCGCAUUACCCUAGUCGCUGCACCAUUGUUCCAUCCUCGCUUUCGUCGCGACGCCAACGGUGUGUCGGACGCGCGCAACGGUCCCCAAACCCGCUCGGACUUGGUAUUGGACUCACGCGGGUGGACGUCUUCUGUAAUUGGAAAUGUGUCCAAGUGGAUUGACCUGGACUCCUCGUGCGACCACGUGCGGUGGACUGCCGAAGCUGUGUUCAAGCAAGAACUGGCCUGGGCGUCCCACUUAUCUCUCACCGCCGUUGUCACCCCCUCGCUACAUUCCGCACGCUCGAAUGCCAACUAUGCGCGCAUCGUCAACCAAGCCGCGUCGCAGGCCCAGAGCAGUUUGCAGUACUGGGUUCCUGUGCCAUUGUACGUUCCCAUGCAGUUGACGGAUCAAGGCAACGACUCGUGGAAGGCGUGGAAUGCGCUGCGCACCAUGAGCGACUUCAACCCGCGGGUCCUCGUCGCGCUCGAAGUGACGGCCGACCUGCCGGACCGCAGCGUCCUCGCGCGCUGGCUGGGAGAGCCCAUUGCCGCCGUGUACAUCCCCACCAACAUCUUUUUAACCAACAAAAGCGGGUAUCCAACCUUAUCCAAGCAGCACCAACGCUUCUUUCUCCAGUUGUUUCAGCAUGCCCGCAUUCGGUACUUUUUGAAGGGCCGACCGUACCACCACGGCCGAUACCUGCCGUACGUUCAGUACUUGGACCAUCUCUUCUCCACUCGGUCGUCUUGCCCGGACGCCAAAGCCGCGUUUGAAGCGCCGUACUUGGACUACUUGCAGGCGCCGCUGCAGCCCCUGAUGGACAAUUUGGAGUCGCAGACGUACGAGACGUUUGAGCAAGACCCAGUCAAGUACGAGCGCUACGAAGUGGCCAUCGCCCACGCACUGGCGGACACUCCCGCGUCCAAGGAAUCGGUCGUGAUGGUGGUGGGCGCGGGACGGGGGCCGCUGGUGCGCUGUGCGUUGCGCGCGGCAAAGAAGGCCGACCGGACCAUUCGCAUGUUUGCCGUGGAGAAGAACCCGAACGCGGUGAUCACAUUGCGCAACAUGAAAGUGUCGGAGAAGUGGGAUAACGUAACCAUCGUGUCGUCCGACAUGCGCGUGUGGAAGGCGCCCGAGCCGGCCGACAUCAUGGUGAGCGAACUGCUGGGGUCAUUUGGCGACAACGAGCUCUCCCCCGAGUGUCUGGACGGCGCGCAGUCGUUCCUCCGAGAGGGCGGCGUGAGCAUUCCGUGCAAGUACACGUCGUUCGUGACUCCAAUCUCGUCGUCCAAGCUGUGGAACGAGGUCAAAGGCGUCGACGCCAACGCCGUCAAGGGGUACGAGACCCCGUACGUCGUCCGGCUCCAUCAGAUCUUCUCCUUUGCGCGUCCCCAGCCGUGCUUCACGUUCGACCAUCCCAACCUGGAUCCCGUCAUCGAUAACAAACGGUAUCACCAGAUGACGUUUGACGCGGUGGAAGACGGCGUCGUCCAUGGCCUGGCCGGGUACUUUGACAGCGUUCUGUACGCCGACACGUGCAUUAGCAUCAACCCCGAGACACUCGACUUGAGUCCUGGGAUGUUUUCAUGGUUCCCCAUCUUCUUUCCGCUUCGUACGCCGCUGCAUGUUCGCCAGGACGACAAGAUCCUCGUGUGCUUUUGGCGGCAAGUGGGUGGAGGGAAGGUCUGGUACGAAUGGGCAGUGGCCAUCAACGACACGUGGGGACCCAUCCACAACCCCAACGGCCGCUCCUACUGGAUCGGCUUGUAG